UGAUUGUUUAAAACGGUAUGAUUUUUUGAGGCGGUCCAAAAACAGGGACGGGUAAGCCAAAAGUGGGGCAGCUGAUUGUAAGACUUAAUAUUCCAGGUAAGGUCCGCCAGCUCACGACAUCAAACAUUAACAUUGCCUGGAAUUUUAUUAUUCAUUCAAACGAUCUCAAUAUGGGGGACAGUACCAUCAUAUUCGAUACCUACCCUGCCCCGCUCACACUUCAAGCCAUGUCCAGCCUCUCCCAAAAUCAGCUUGCAGAUCAAGUCGAGAAAGCUUCAUCUAGAAAAGUUGACGAACAAUCAUCAGCAUUAUCACAAGUCCCGGAUAUCCAAUCAAAUUCCCUUCCACUACUUUCUCCCAGUCGUCAACCGCAUCUCAGCGACAAUGAACUUUCAUUAAACGCGGAGGAAUCUAUAUCUUCUGAAGAGUUGAGGCAUGUCACGAAGCACCGUAAUUCCACAACUACUGAGACGCUUACAGCCAACAGUUCUGAUGAUAAAAAUCCCAAAUCUCUCAAAGAUCUUUUCGAGAGCUUCGAAAAGCUGAGACUUGAACUCAUCGGACUUUCUGAAGAACGAGUCGAGCGUAGUAUUGAGACUCGCGUCUUCGAAGAGAAGAAAUUUCUCAUUGACAAGUUUAAUAACCUUUCCGAGGUAUUUCGUGUAAGUAACAGAUUUCUUCCUCUACAGUCGACAGCCUAGGCCCAUUGCUAACAACCCUCGGCAGGAAAUCAAUGAGAACACCAAGAAGAAUAAUGACUUGAUUCAAAAGAUCAAUGACGAAGUGGGUGUCAAUUAUCCUCUCCAGGAAUUGAGAGUGUUCUCUAUGUCUGAUACAGAUGAGCACAUCGUAAAAUUCACCGCUUCUCUAAGAAAACAUGCUGCUGCUAAGAAAGAACAGCUGAGAAAGGAGUUUGAGGUCCGUCCCGGUACAGCACCAUUUUUACAAGAGACCCAAACUUAACUUUGAUUAGGCCAUCAAGCUCGAAAUUUCCAUGGUCCUUGACAUCCCGACCAUGAAUACGUCUCCCCCAAGCAACACCAAGCCAGCUCAAAACAAUAAUGACGCUAACAACAUUGCACGGAUCCUCGAGGAUAAUGCUUCCCUGCAAAUCAAACUUGAUGCUGCACAAAAAGCUCAAGCCCGAGCUGAGGCAGCCCUAGAGCAAUACAAAGCCUGUCCCGCUCAACCAAGUAGCACCACCACCGCACUCAAGCAAGAAUCAGAAAUAAUUGAAGCCUAUCUUCCAUAUUAUAGGGUGACGGCGCAAUUCUGCUCUCGUGUUCGGCACGGAUUUCAUCACUCGGGACGUCGCAUUCACCACGGUGGUGCGAUCCGUGAGAUUGAAGGCCGGGGUCCAGCAAGUAAGGAAGUGAUAGAUCUUCGUAACGAAACAUGUCAUAGAGGAGAUAUCGCCGCCGACUUUGCACUUUUUAUGAUCGAUCCUAAUCGUGCUGGCUGGAACGUUGGAGGUGAACGCUACAACGACUUUUUGAAAUCAUAUCGCAUCACGCCGGAAGAAUGUAAAACAAUAUUUCUCUUCUCGAAAGGCUAUCCACCAUCCAUUCUUCUGGAACCCCUUAACAUGCAUGCCACUAUGUAUAGGUGCUACUUCAAGACAAUUUACAACAGUAAUAGCAAAAAUGAUAAAGACUUUGAGGCUUCUUUUGAAAGAAUUUUGUUGCAUUACAGGCGUUUAUUGUCAACUAACGGCGUAUCUCUAUGGACUGAUCGACACAGGUCUCUGGUAAACCAUCUCACUUCCGACAAACAAGCUAAGGCCGAUCAAAAAGCGAUGGAGGAGAUUGUUCGAGAAACUAUUGCUCAUCAGAAAGCUCAACUUGUUCGAGCCUAAAUGGCAUUGCUGGAUUUAGAUAAGAUCGAUGGGACCCAGAAGAGCUUCUUAGUUUGCCAUUCGAUGAUGGCUAUGAUGGAUUAGCUUCCCUAGCUCCAUUUUCCGCGAUGCCUCAAACACCAUUCAGAAUAUCACUCGCCUUGUUUUUUCUCCCCUUUGGCUAACCCCUAAAAGCCUCUACAACUAAAGCGGUCUCCUUUUCCAGCAUUCAAAAACCAGUAAAACUAUCAGUUAUUCUUCUCAGUUCAUACAGCCUUUCGAUAGUAAGCCGGGAAAAAAUUUCCUGGGGAAAAUUUCCCGGCGCACUUGACUGACCCGUCAGCUUGGGUCCGGUAUAAACAUCCUAGAUGAUUCGGAUUUGAAAUCAUACCUUUUUGUAUAGAGUUUGGAUAUCCAAUCGACAUUUCAAGAUACAUAAAUGAAUAUAUAACAAAGAUUUAUAGAUGAUUUAUUUUUAAUAAGAUCAUAAUAAACCCAUCGAAAAUAAACUGUCACGUAAUUCAGGGGAAUAUUGUAAAACUCUAGAGAUGAAAUAGUUCUAUGAU